AUGUUCACCUCGAAACAGCUUUCAUGUGUGUUUUUCGAAUCAAAAACCGAAAACAUUGACACGGAUACCAUUGCCCAGCAUGCCGUAAGACUAGCCAAGGCCGGUGUCGCGGGGCUCGCGACGCAAGGAUCAAACGGCGAGGCCGUGCACUUGACCCACUCGGAGCGGCAGCUGGUGACAGCCACCACACGCAAGGCCCUCAAUGACAAUGGCUUCCAGGACAUGCCGAUUAUUGUCGGCUGUGGUUGCCAAAGCACGCGGGAAACCAUCCAAUACUGUCGCGAAGCCUGGGAAGCGGGCGGCGACUAUGCCCUCGUCUUGCCGCCUUCGUAUUACGCCCCGCUCUUCGCCCCUUCAUCCCAAACCGUGCUUCAGUACUUCCGCGAUGUCGCCGACGCAUCGCCCAUCCCGAUCCUCAUUUACAAUUAUCCUGGCGGCGCGGGUGGCCUCGACCUCACCUCGGACGUCAUCAUCGCGCUGGCGCAGCACCCCAACAUUGUCGGUGUCAAGUUCACUUGCGGCAACACGGGCAAGUUGAACAGGGUCGCCGACGCCACGCAGAAUAUGGGGCGCAGAUCCGGCACUGGAGGCCCGAACAAGGACGUGCCCGGAUUUUUGGUGCUUGCCGGUUCGGCGGAUUUUACCUUGCAGGCGGCUGUUGCGGGCGGACACGGCAUCCUGGCGGGGCUCGCAAACCUGGCGCCCAAAGCGUGCGUCAAGACCCUGGAGCUUUUCGAAAGUGGAAGGGUUCAGGAAGCGCAAGAGAUGCAGCGGGUCCUCUCCCACGGCGACUGGACCGCGAUUCAGGGCGGCGUUGUGGGCAUGAAGGCUGGCAUGGAGUCGUGGCUCGCCUACGGGGGUUCGCGAGAAGCCCGCUGCCUCGGCCGACACGCCAUCAGUCGGAAACGUGGAAAGAGGGCUUCCGAGACCUCGUGUUACUAG